AUGUCGAGGCGGCGCAGGGAGCAACAAAGCGUCAGCCCUCCCGCUGAUCACGAAGAGGAGCUCAUCGAGGAUCACACACUAGACGACGAACUUGCGCGCGAACUCGAGGAGGAACGGCAGAAGAUCCUUGCCGCCGCUGGCCAUCAAAAUGGAGCGCAAGCCGAAGCUGUCAAUGAGCAGCAGGAAUAUCAAGGCGACGAUGGGGAGAUGGCUGACGAGCAGGAUGCUGACGACGAAGACGAUCUGGACGCCGAGAUAGUUGAAGAGGAAGACAACUCAGAGGACGAAUGGCAGCCGCCAGAACCUGCAUCGCGACGCUCAGCUAGGCGGAGCAAACGCCGUCGGCAUCAAUCGAGCUCAGAAGACGGCGAUGAUGACGCCCUAGAAGAAGCUCAGUCAGACCAAGAACCCGCUUUAAAGAAGUCGAACAAGACAACAGCCAAGAAGCCAGCCAAAGCUAAGAAGGCGAAUGGAGACACGACUGCGGACAAAACAAAGCGUCCUCGUCGGCAGACAGAAGGAGUAGAAGGAGAUCAAGAGGAAGCCUACGACUCUUUCCACCAAGAAGCAGAGCGAGUUCAGGCAGAAGUAGAGGCUGCAGCUGCAUGGGCAGACGUUCGUCGACGCAAGGAAGCUGGCCAAGCACCACCAAGCACAAAUGGCACCACCUCAAAGCCAACGUCCCAACCAACAGCAGACAAGCCAGCCUCUGCACCCUCUCUCACAGCAUGGCUCGGCAAAGGUCCCUCUGCCUCCUCAUCCCUCUCUGAACUCGCAGCCUCCCUUCCGAUGCCCACUACCUGCAAAGCAGCACAAAUCGUCGACCGCAACUCCCUCUUCGUCGGCUAUGUAUACCCGCUCACCAACGCAUCGUCUGCCUACAUCUCUGCGCUUCUUUCCCAUAUCACCCGUGUCGUCCACCCAACAGUCCCUACAGACUUGCUGCCGCCACAAUUCGCAAAUGCACCAGCAAACAAGCGCGGUUCCUCGCACGAUAUGUAUGCUUACCGCGUUUUCAAGCUCAAACGUGGUCGAACUGGACUCGCAGGUCCAGACGACUUCUCGUUGCAAGAAGACAAGGAAGAUGAUGGUGAGAGGUGGGGUGGAGAUCGUGUAUUAAAGGUAGCGAGGGAUGAGGGAGCGUCGGAUGUGUUGGUGAUUGUGAGCAGGUGGUAUGGUGGUGAGCUGCUGGGUCCGGUGCGGUUUGACCAUAUCGAGAAUGCGGCAAGAGCAGCUUUACAGGAACAUAUGGGUAAGGAAGAAGUGGAGGAAUUCAGGCAGAGGAUACAGCAUCUGGAUCAGAAGAUUGCAAGGAUAAAAGCGAAAGCGCAGCGGACCGAGGAGGCAGCUGCGGAUGUGCAGGUGGACAAGUAUAGGGAUCUGACAAUGGAGCGGGCACAAAGGUUGUGGUUGGCGAGACAGAAGGCGCUUGCCGCGUUACAGAAUCGCUGGACGAAUCAGUCGAUGCCACCUUCGCAGGUGGAAGUACAGCAAGCAGAGGACAUGACGACGAAUAUACAGCCGUCUUCGAGCGAGAACGAAGCAGUCCUGCCGCAAGCGGAGUCUUCGCAAACAGCAGUGUCGACGACGGUUGCAGAGGCUCCUUUAAGCUCACAAGAUGUGGCAGCGAAAGUGGAUCUCGAGUCGACUGAGCAACCAGCAGCGGACGAGCCAAUGCCUUCCAACGAUGCUACACCAGAUGCCAGCCCUUCAACCUCACAAGCAAAUGUUCCCACGGUAAAGCCGGAACCACCACUUACUUCACUCGACGCGCCAAUCCGGGUCAAGGACGAAGAGGACACCGUGUCGCUCCCACUUGCUACUGACCAAGCGCAGACUGAGUCUGUUGAAGAAGAGGAAGACGACAAGAGCAAAGUCAAAUUAGAGCCAACAGAAGACGAUGACGGGCCAGACUUGACUGGAUGGGAUGAUCUUUCCUGA